AUGUUUAAGGUUAUCGCCAUUGAUCCUGCUGCAAGUCAGCCUGAUGGCACGCAUCGGCUCUUUCUGACGUUCGACACUGCACUCUGCUACCAUUUCGAUUCAUCCUACCGGGGCUCACACAUAACAUCGAAUGAAGAGGGUGAUGUUUCCUUGAAAUACCGAAUUGUUCUCAUUGUCAACACGGGAGAGGACGGUCGUUGGGUUUUCACACAGGGAGACAGCGUACUACCCGAGAUUAUUAACAACCAAGUCAACCUCCGGAAAGAAAAGGCUGAUGGCCGUUUGGGGUCUUUUGCAUGGGUCGGUAGCAGUACAGUCUCGUCUGGCAAUGGGGGAGAUAUGCCCAACAUGAGCUGGAGUAAUGCUGUUAACCACUUACCUGACCUUCAGUCACUUACCGACGGGUCAAUCCAGAACUUGAUGUCGACUCUGAACAAAGCUAUGCCUACUCUAAACGAUACUCUACUGAUGCCAGCAGGGGAUGUCUACACCUUCAACGGGCUAGAUUCUACUGAGGAAGGCCAUGUUCUUACAAGAGUCAAGUAUCGAACUAGGACCGCGGGUGGCAGGGUAUAA